AUGAUGGGAAUAAUGGGAAUAAUAUUGGAGAUGAUAGAUUUUCAAGUAUGUGUUUAAUUGAAGAUAACUGGAAUUGUAACAAUUAAUUCUUUCAAAGCAUAUGCUUUCAAAAAACAUAAAUUUUGUUAACAUAUUUAAAUCAUACAAAUUCUAACUAAUAUGCUGAAUUAUCUUUCAGUAAUUAAGUAACUACAAUUGAAUCUAAGGUAAACUUUAUUGAUUGCAUUCACAUUAAAUUAGCAACCAAAAAUUACAGUGUAACCAUUAAAGAAGUAGUUGGGAUUAACUAAUAAGUUUUAUCUAUUCCUAUUUAUGAAAUUUAAAUUGAAUUUCAUUAUUCAAUAAUUAAUCCAAUAUUAUCAAUAUAUAUCAAUUCAAAAUUAAAGGAUAUUAAUAAUUUUGAAGUUACCAACAAUUAAAAUAUAUCAUACUUUAAUCUAUUGUAAUUUUGAAUAGUAUUUAGAAGGAUGCUGCAGUUAAAAUUUAUAAUUUUGCUUUUUGGAUGAUGAUUGGUCUUGGUUCAGGCAGUGCAUUUCUCUUAUUGUUUGGUGA